AUGCUCAUAUUAGAAUGUCAGACGUGUGCGGCAAUAGAGGAGUGUGAAAUCGUCGUCUGUCCUGGUGAAGAAAUAAAUGGUAAACACAUCCCCAUCACAUCGGAGAGUUGCGAGUUGUCGUGCAAUCACGUUGACGUUAGUUGCAGACGCCUUUUUAAUGGUCGCCUUGAUUGGCUCCCAUUCAAUCCAUGCAAAAUUCAACCAACCACUACCACCACCACCAGCACAACUACUACCGCAGCUACUGUAGUCUCGACCAGGGCUGUCACCCCGUCUUUCGAAUAUCACAAUUCCUUUGAAACAACUAGCCGAACUCCCUCCUACUUUAUACCCGGACCAACUUCCGGCGACAUGCUUCAUGACACGGUUCCCGUGGUAGCUCCAGUUGAACCGACCGCCCAACGAAAGAAACAGACAUAUGGUUUAAGCUGGCUAGUCUCAGAACCCGAACUGGAACUAAUUUUGUGGGUCAUGUUUGGAGUAGCACUGAUGCUAAUGCUUCUUGGUUUAGUUGGACUUGUUGGGUUCUUAGGAUACAAAAGGAGGGUGAAGAAACAUGCAGUGACAACAUAUCCACGAUACUACGAUGCCGGUAGUCCCCAGGCAUUCGGCAUCGUGGCCUACGAUACUGCCACCUACACUCCUGGCUUUGAAUACGAAAAGUUGCGAGGAGGCAGUGGUAAUUGCUAUUGGACGCAGCGACCCGACCGCAGAGACCCAGACACAGUCAGACGCAUUCCCUCCCCCCAGAUUUCCGCCUGUUCACCGUACUACUCCUCCAAACGUCUUAUCAGCAGUGGAAUGGACCAAAACUAUGUCCAACAUAUGCCGGUGCCUAGUACAAGCUACGUACUGGCAGACACGGGAACAACGGCAAAUUCAACAUAUCAAAUCUUGACAUUCACCCCAGAUAGAGACACAGUUGGAAAUCCAGUAGUUCUCGCGCGAAGACCUUCUACCUAUGGCGAGUGCAAUCAGGACGUGCCAUGUGUUCAUGGAUUUGGCUCUGGGAGGGCAAGUUUAAAUGAAUGCCAGCAGGCCUCAAUUACUGUGGGGACUGACCAGCAUCUGGUGAGGGUUUCCCCGGAUUUGCGUGUGUCACCGUCAAUUCCUCAAAAAGCCGAAACAUUUCUUGUAAGUGGCUUCCAGCAGCCUAACAGCUUUAGGGACGCAGACGACCGUGCUGAAGUCCAAGUUAGUCAGCAACAACAAACCAAAGUGUAA